CCUUCAUGUAUUAACUGUUGCCAACACUAGGUGUCCACCUAAAGAUCCUCCUUACCCCUACCUGCACUGCGCCUCCGAGAGUAAUUUCCUAGUCAUCGGCUUUCUUGUUACCUGUUAUGGGCUAGAUGCUCGAGGAGCCAAGAUAGCCAGAAUGAAUAUUUAUGAAUUCACGAAGAGUCGAAGUCAAGCUUCUGCUACCGAAGUUAUAUAUCUGCCCCCCGAAGCUAACAUCGGGUCCGAGGUCCCAGCCGGUCCUGGGUCGAGCCAAGACCUCCAGGGCGUAGCCCAUCACAUACCCCCCUACUCCGCCCUUCCAGGGGUUGUUUCUACAGUGAGCGCAAGAUCCGCCCUGUCGCGGACUUGCGCAGGCUUGUCCAUUCGGGCUUCUAGGUUCGCUCUCUUGCCCUGGGGUUGUGGUCUGUCGCGGG